UCUUCUCUCUGUGAUUAGAUAGAUACCUCCCCAAUUUAAUCAAAAUUUCUAGGGUUUCAUCAUAAAAAAUCUCCCAAACCCUAACCCAAAAACAUAUAUCCAGCAAUUACUCACUUUCCCCAUAUUCAAUCCAGUCGCGUCUAGGGUUUCAAUUCAGUUUUCAAUUCAAUUCAAAUCAAUCACAAUGGCGCCUGCUGCCAAACCGAGCAAGCAAGGCACAGACGAUUCGGAGACGCCGUCGAACAAUCUCUGGGUCGGGAACUUAGCGAGUGACGUCACCGACUCUGAGCUCAUGGACCUCUUUGCCCAGUACGGUGCGUUAGAUAGCGUCACCACCUACUCGUCGCGGAGCUACGGCUUCGUGUUCUUCAAGCGUGUGGAGGACUCUGCGGCGGCCAAGGAGUCAUUGCAAGGCGCCCUUCUGCGUGGAAAUCCCAUUAAGAUUGAGUUUGCUCGACCGGCAAAACCUUGCAAGAAUCUAUGGGUAGGUGGAAUUAGCCCAUCUGUUUCGAAGGAAGAACUAGAAGAAGAAUUUCUUAAGUUCGGAAAAGUGGAGGACUUCAAGUUCCUUAGAGACCGGAAUACUGCAUUUGUUGAAUAUUUUAGAUUGGAGGAUGCUUCCCAUGCAAUGAGAAACAUGAAUGGGAAGCGAUUGGGUGGUGACCAGAUACGUGUGGAUUUUCUUCGGUCACAACCCUCAAGAAGGGAACAGUGGCCUGACUACAGAGACGGACAGUUUCUGUCCAGAAACACGGGGCCCACUGAUUCUCAAAAAAGACAACAGUAUUCUCAAUCUGCUGGGGGACGAAAAGGUGACAGUCAACCGAGUAACGUUCUGUGGAUUGGCUAUCCGCCUUCUGUUCAGAUUGAUGAACAAAUGCUCCACAAUGCAAUGAUUUUGUUUGGUGAGAUUGAGAGGAUUAAAAGUUUUCCUUCAAGGCACUACUCCUUUGUCGAAUUCAGGAGUGUAGAUGAAGCUCGGCGUGCCAAGGAAGGGUUGCAGGGCAGGCUUUUCAAUGAUCCUCGGAUUACAAUUAUGUUCUCAAGCAGUGGGCUGGCCCCCGGUAAAGAUUACUCUGGCCCUUAUCCUGGAGGCAAAGGACCUAGAGCAGAUAUGUUAUUCAAUGAACAAUCUCUUCGGCCUUUACAGAUGGAUAUGUUCGGUCAUAACCGUCCAGUGAUGUCUAAUAACUAUCCGGGAGCUCUACCACCAAGUGGCAUUCUUGGACCAAAUGUCCCAAUGAGGCCUUUGGGUCCUCAAGGUAGGUUUGACCUUUCAGGCCCAGAACUUAAUGAUUUGGUGUCGAUUCAUAAUUAUCAAGACGGCAAUUCCAAGAACCUGAUGGGUCCAAACUGGAGGCGGCCAUCUCCUCCCGCACCUGGUGUCCUUUCUUCUCCUGCGCCUGGUAUUAGGCCACACACUAGAUCUGCAUCUAAUGCAUGGGAUGUGUUGGAUGUUAACCAAUUUCAAAGGGAAUCAAAACGAUCGAGGAUAGAUAGUCCUUUGUCCAUGGAGGACCCUCUGUAUCCAUUGAGAAAGAUGGAUGAUCAUGGAUUGGGGUUAGAUUCAUCUUAUGGAAUUGGUCCAGUAAUAGAUGGAGGUGCUUCUGGUCCAUCUAUGAAUGGCCAAGGGAUUAGUCCAGCUGGUGCAAGGGUUUCAGUUGGAGGGCCUCCUGAUAAUGAUUAUAUAUGGCGUGGAACUAUUGCCAAGGGUGGAACACCUGUUUGUCAUGCUCGCUGUGUCCCUAUAGGAAAAGGGAUAGGAAAUGAGCUCCCCGAAAUUGUUAAUUGUUCAGCCAGAACUGGACUGGAUAUGCUCACAAAACACUACGCUGAGGCCAUUGGGUUUGACAUCGUUUUCUUCUUGCCAGAUAGUGAAGAUGAUUUUGCUUCCUACACUGAAUUCCUUCGUUAUCUUGGUGCCAAAAAUCGUGCUGGUGUUGCCAAGUUUGAUGAUGGGAUGACCUUAUUUUUGGUACCUCCUUCAGAUUUCUUGAAGAAUGUUUUGAAAGUUGCAGGCCCUGAACGUCUGUAUGGUGUGGUUCUCAAGUUUCCACAACAAGUUCCUAGUACUGUUUCUAUGCACCAACAAAUGCAGCCCAUGCCACCUUCACAGUUCAUAGAUAGACAGCAGAUUCUUUCUUCACAAGCUGAGUAUAGUGCAAUCCCAUCGAAGGAGGAACAUAUUUUGCCAAUGGAUUAUAACAGGGUUUUGCAUGAGGACUCGAAGCUUUCUGCAAAACCACCAUUUCCACCUACUAGUGAGCCCUCUGGAGUGCAGCCCCAAGACUAUGCUUCUAGUAAUAGUGCUGCAGUAUCGCAAGCUGGAGUUACAUUAACUCCUGAACUUAUUGCCACUCUGGCGACUUUACUGCCUGGAAAUGCACAGUCGUCUGGUCCAGAAAGUGCUAAGAUAUCAGUAUCCUCAGCAGCUAGGCCUUCAUUUCCUACAUUUGCAACUAAUAAAGCAUCCUCUCCUGGAUGGAAACAAGAUCAACAAAUUUUUGAUCAUACCGGUAAUGCGUUGCAACAGUUAGGUAGUCAAUUUAAUCCGCAUGACCAAAAUCUUUCGCAGUACCAGCCACAUCCGCCUGUUCCAAACAGUUCAAACCACUCUAACCCACUGGUCCUCGGUAGCACCCAAUUCCCAGACUCUUCUGUCAGUCUGCCCCUACAUGCUGCAAGUUCAUCCAGACCUUUGAGUAAUUUUACGAUCCCUUCUCAAGGUGGACAAGUUACUGGAUCCUCGCAUCUCAACCAGCAGUAUCUGGCUGAAGCUCCUCUUGGAACUCAGAAAGGCUUUUUAGCACAUGGAACAGAUGCCUCUGGGUUGUACAGUUCACCUGUUUCUCAGCACCACAAUAAUUCUUUGACCUUUUCUGGUCAGACUUAUGGUGCUAAUUCACAGUCGCAGACCUUUGCCCCAUUAGUGUCUGAAAAGGUGAACACAGAAUACCCAAAUCAAAUGCAGCAGCUUCAGUCUGCACUUCUUGGUGCUGGUCAGAGCGCUCCAGAUGGUGAGGCUGACAAAAAUCACCGGUAUCAGUCUACGCUCCAAUUUGCUGCUAACCUCCUCCUCCAAUUACAGCAGCAACAACAGCAGCAGCAGCAAAUGGGUAGUCAAUCCGGGCGAGGAUCGGGAAGUCAACAGUGACAAUUAUUACUCCAUAUAGGCUGUUUCUGAAGUUGAAAUGCAUCGUACAACUGGACUCUUGCUUUGUAGAGUUACCAAAGUUCUCCACCUGCUCUGAACCAGGUAUUUUGGCGAUUCUGUUUUCCAAGUGUGGUUCCUAAUAUUUCGAACCAGGGCUACCCCCAACAUAAUGCGUACGAGGAGCGUAUCACAUUACCAUACCCAUUCCAGUAUCCGAGUAAUCCGGGUACAUACCUAUUUGACAAUAGGACAUUGAUUUUUGAUGUUUGCAGUCUCAUCUCUAUGAUGGGAAGCCCUUCAAUGAUCAUUUCUGUUAAGGUUAAGCCACGUAAUGUAGGGCACAUUCAUUUAAAAUCAUGUAUUGCUAUUAUUUGAAUGUAAAAUCGAAAAUAGUUGUCACAUCUGUUAGGUUGUUUUGAUUUUUUUUUUGGGUGGGUUUAUAUAAAUCUAGAAUGAUAGGAGGGGGAAGAUAUUCGGUUUUGUACAGCCUAUGAUUUUUUGAGAAGGAUGUAAAUUUUGUUGUCUAUCUUCAUUUCAAUGGUUGAUUUAUUUAUUUAUUUUUCAUCUGGGUGAUUCCGGCUACGUGUGUGGCAUUAUUUUGUCAGGAGCACAAUUAUUUGGAGGAAGUAAUAGGAGUUUGGUGUUGGGAAGAUGUGCAGUGGUGAAUAGACAGAUAUUUGAAGAUUGAGGGGUGAGGAGGUGUGGAGAGGGUUCGUUUUUGGGCUUAUCUUUGGGUAUUGGUGUCGUCAAAGUUUAGGAAGAGUUUUGCAACUAUGGCACCUUGAAAUUGAUUUUGUAGGUUCUCGUUGUCCUAUUGUCUAAAAUAACAGUAUUAAUCUGAAUUAGAACAUUUAGUAUAUGUUGUAAUCGUAGCAAUGAAAUGCUUUCUUGUAAACUUGAUUGUUUGAUAGCUCAGUAAUUUAUUUUGUGGUGGGUUGUAUGAUCAAAUUUUUGUAUACAGUUGAGGAUGCAUAAUUUGAUAUCAACUUUUUAGUCUUUAUUAUAUUGUGGUUUCUGCAUAAAUUUGGACAGUAUUGUUAAUCUAGGACUCAAGUUGUUUCCUUGAUGCAGCUGCAUUGUCAUUGCUAGUUUUAUCUUUUCGUAAACAUGUUUUUAUUAUUUUUUUCUUUCUAAGAAUACUUGUUUCAUGUUUGGUCCAUUGAUUGUGUUUAUUACACUUGUUGAUAUAUGUUGACAUUUUUUGUGUGCUUAAGGUUACUUUGUUUUAUUUAUUUUUUAUCCUUGUCUGCAACUUUUAACUUAUAAUGUGCAUUUGAAACUGCUUAUGUUUUUUUGGCGGUAGUUUCUCAUUAGUUUUGUGCUCCUGUUUUUUUAGUGGAUUGUUCUUUAUAUGUGAUGACUUGGUUUUCAGUUAUAGAAAUUAUUAUUGAUUUGAUAAUUUAUGCUGCUAAAGAGAGCACUAUAUUGAAGUGUGUUAUCUUCUUUCUUUUUUCCCCAUCAGUUUUCUUCUACCAUGCAUUACAUGUUUAUUUUAUAUCUAUAGCCUGAACUUGUUAUAGUUUACAUUUUUUUGGCCUUUCGAAGCGAUGGUCUUUGGUGACUAUUAUCUGACUUUAGGGUAAGUCUUUUUCAACCUUAUCGAAUUGUAACUAUGAUUUGUAAUAUGUUAUGUAAGAGUUCUUCGGACAUAAUUUGGUGACAAUUGCAAUGCUUGGUAAAUUAAUAACCUCUAUCGAGUUUCAUCUUCCCCAACUAACAUACAUCUGUUAAACCCAUAUACUACUGUGGCAUUCGAGAGAUUUCCUUUGUUUCUUCCAAUAGUUUUUAUUGAGAGUAAAUUGUGAGUAAUGUCAAAAUUUUAUAUGAAUUAAAAUCCUUCUAUUU